GAACCACUGACCUGCCCAGUAAAGAAACUCGGCAUAGAUCCUAGGCACAAAGAUAAAUUUAGAGCUUCAAGGAACCUUAGAUGUCAUCUGAUCUAAACCUUUUCAUGUCUCCAAUAAAGAGACUAGAAGUUAAAUUAUUUAUAAGUAAGGAGUAGCAGAUUCAAACUCAGAUCCUCUGACCAGAGUUUCCAUCUCUCUUUCUCUACCAGUUAGUGUCAUUUGAGGCCUCCUCUAUUCCAAGCAAUGGAAGCCUCUUCAUAAUUGGAGUGGCGAAAAGCCUAAUCCCAUCUUCAAGGUGCAUGUGUGUUUUCCAGGGAGAUGAUUAGAAAGGUAAGAUUGUCUACUGAGCCAGUCAGAGUAUAGUUUUUCAUUCAUACUGCCAUUGCUUAAUUGCAAUGAAGUAAUUAUUUAUUGUAUUUUGAAAGAGGCUUAAAAAAAAUCCACCCCAGAGAUGAUUCAGACCAAUAAUUAUCUUGGCUCGAUUACAGUUGAGUUUCAGGCACAAAGUGCUCAACACCCUGGCUUCAAAGAAGGUGAGUCGGGAUCUAGCCUGGGCUGACCAGCUGCCGCUUUCCUACUUCCUCCUUCUUAAGGUCACCCCAAAGAGAAGAUGGAAGCAAUGAAGAUCCUGAUCCUUUGGGGUUAUUUCCUCUUGUGGAACCCACUUACCCAAUCAACUCAGCUUUACCCUGGAAUCAAAGUGAGGAUUACUCAGAAGGGCCUGGACUAUGGUAUACAGGCUGCAAUGGAAGCAAUUGAGGUGAUAAUGAAGACAAAUGGGAUUCCGGAUUUCAAAGGCUCUGAAUCUCUUGACUUUUUAAAGGUUGACUAUGUUGACUAUAAUUUUUCAAACAUAAAAAUCAACAUGUUCUCGUUUCCAAAUAUUUCAUUAACCCCUGUGCCUGAAACUGGAAUUAAAAUAUUAACCAAUCAUGGUUCAACAAACAUCAGCAUGGGAUGGGAAAUAAUGUCUCCGCUUUUAAAAGAUGGAGGAGGAGCUACUCUGUUUCUGGGUGAGAUCUUUUUCUCUGGUCUUGGUAACCUGUCCCGGAGUGAUACAGGCCACCCAAGCAUGCAUUUAGUAGAUUGCCAUGUUCAAGUUGGUCAUGCCCACAUAUCAUUUUCAGGAGAACUCAGUGCCCUAUAUAACUCCUUUGCACAUCCAAUGGAGAAACCUAUUCUGAAGACUUUGAAUAAAAGGUUAUGUACAAUUAUCACGGAUCAGUUUGAAGAAAUAAAUGCAAAUAUCAGCUCUCUGGAGGUUGUAACCAAGUUUGGUGAGGAUGUUGUGCUAGAUUAUUCCCUUUUGGAGCCUCCAGAAAUCACCCAGUCAUCCAUUGACCUGCAAUUGAAGGGCACAUUCUACCCAGUGGAAAAUUUUACUGACCCUCCAUUCCAACCAGAUCCAUUCACACUCCCAGAGCGCAGUGAUUCGAUGCUUUACCUUGGAAUCUCAGAGUAUUUCUUUAAGUCUGCAUCAUUCGCAUAUUUCACCACUGGGGCCUUCGACAUCACUCUGACCACAAAAGAGCUAUACAAGCACCUAAUUCAAAACCCCCAGGGCAUUGGCAGUUUGUUUUCUCAGAUUGCAGAACUAUAUAUCAUGUCUCGGCCACUGAUGGUGAGAAUUCUGACCACUGAACCCCCAGUGAUCAAUUUAGAACCAAACAAUUUCACCCUCAACAUCCCUGCUUCUAUUGUGAUGAUGACCAAACCUAAAAACACCACCGAGGAAGUGAUCGUCUCUAUGGAUUUUAUGGCAAGUACCAGUGUAGACCUGGCUAUUUUUGGACAAAGGUUGAUCUGCUCCCUAUCUCUGAACAGGUUCCAGCUCUCUGGACCAGAAUCUAAUCGUAGCUCUAUUGAGGUCCUGAGAUUUGAGAAUAUUCUCUCCUCUAUCCUUCACUUUGGAGUCAUCCCAUUGGCAAAUGCAAGAUUACAGCAAGGAUUCCCCCUGCCUAACCCACAUCAGAUCUCUCUUGUCAAUUCUGAGAUUGAAGUUCACAAGGGUUUCCUUCUGAUUUCCACUGACCUCAGAUAUGCUCCUCUUUGGAGGAAACAGUAUUUUGAUGGCUAGAAAGGUCAAAUCACUGCCAAGGAUGCUGACAGAAGACCUCCCCUGGCUCCUGGAUUGAUGGUGCUAAAUUGAAAGAGGAGACAAAUGAUUCUUGACCCCCACUCUGCCUGUGAGGCUGGAAGACAAAGGGACUAUGGCAAUGAGUGCUGACAUGGUUUCCUUCCUAGCCUUAAGGGUAUUAGAGACAAAAGGGAGGGGGCCUUGCGUUGGUAUAGAUGUAUGUGUGUGUGUAACUAUGUGUCCUGAGUGUGUAUAGAUGUCAGCUGCUGGGGCUACAAGGCAGGUUUAUUAGAUGGAUGAAGAGGAUAAGAAAGUCUUGGGUGAGCUGAAAAGCUUCCUUUGCUUUGUCCCCAUCCACUACAUUUAGGAUUUUGUAUUUUGUACUUCAUAUUUUAUUCUCCCAUUAUUUAAUUAAAAUCUCUCCUCAUGCAAGCAGUCCCAUCUACUUUACUUUGAGAAAAGAGAGCAAUUGGCACAAGACUGAUUUCGUAGUUUCAUAUGGUUCAGGAAUGUGAAGGGUGUUCAAGUUUCUAGGCUGCCCUGGCCUUGCUUUUUAGAAAGUCUAAAAGAGAAAAAAAACAGGUUUAGGAACAAAUGUAAAAGUUGGCUCCUCUAAAAGAAUUGGCCCUGGUGACUAUUAUCAAGUCACGUGGUAUAGGGGAAUGAGUGCUGUUGGAGCAGGAAGACUGGGUUUGAAUCCUGCCUCAGACAUUAAAGAACUAUGUGAUCAGGGACAAGUCUUAUAACUUGAGUUUCCUCAUCUAUAAAAGGGGAAGAUUAGCCAAGAUGGCCUCUGAUGUUUAUCGAGUAAUCGAGUUGAAUGUCAGACCUGAGGAACAAACAACAAAGAUUGUUCCUGAUGAAUAUGCUGACAAAUGCAUCAGUCCAGCAGGCACCUUGAUCACUUUGUAAUGGAAUAGUAUAGUGUAAAGGAAUGUGAUAACAGCAGAGAAACCUGGAGCUCUGAACUGAUGCAAAACAAAAUGAACAGAAUCAGGAAAACGACAUUUGCACUGAUGACCACACAGCUGCUGAGGUCCAAACCAGCUUGAAAUCUAGGGGUCCCUGACAUACCCCCUCCCCAAUCCAAAGUGUCCUCAUCUGUCAAAUGAGGAAGUUGAACUAGAUGGCCUCUGGGUCUCCCCCAGGUCUAGAUCAAGGAUCCCAUGAUUAUUAACAAUAACAAAAUAAAACAGAGUGCUAUGAAAUUAUACGAACCAAACCAAAGCUGGCCCCAUUGAAGAGCUAUGCACAAGUAUCUCUGCAACCAACCCACCUCUCUCCAUCUUUCUUCUUUGCUGAUGUAAGGGAUUAUGAGUGGGAAACCCUUUAUAUAAUGUCCAACUUUUAACUUU